AUGCCUCAGUACAAUCGAGUCAAACUCACCAUUGAUGGAAGUUCCUGGGAAAUGCUGGCAAGUAGGCAUGCCCCUGGGAUCGAUCUCAAGGCCGGAGGUAAGAGUAAAAAGACCAAAAGGACAGCACCAAAGUCCAAUGAUAUCUAUCUCAAGCUCUUGGUUAAGCUUUAUCGCUUCCUUGUCCGGAGAACUGGCAGCAAUUUCAAUGCUGUUAUACUCAAGCGAUUGUUCAUGAGCAAGGUUAACAAGCCCCCACUUUCUUUGUCAAGGUUGAUUAAGUAUACCAAGGGGAAGGAAGAUAAGAUUGCUGUGGUGGUGGGGACUAUAACUGAUGAUAUUCGUGUUUAUGAAGUUCCACCCUUGAAAGUUACAGCACUUAGGUUUACGGAGACUGCUCGAGCAAGAAUUGAAAAGGCUGGUGGUGAAUGCUUGACAUUUGAUCAGUUGGCUCUUAGGGCUCCUCUUGGACAGAACACGGUCCUUCUUAGAGGCCCGAAGAAUGCUCGUGAAGCCGUGAAGCACUUUGGUCCUGCUCCUGGUGUUCCUCACAGCCACACCAAACCUUAUGUUCGAUCAAAGGGAAGGAAGUUCGAGAGGGCUAGAGGAAGGAGGAACAGCCGUGGAUUUAGGGUGUGA